ACUGUGAAUCCGGAAGUAGUUGUUUAAAGUGAACAUGCCGAACUAGCCACUUACCAAAAAAUGGCAACUCAGAUGGUUUAUUUCGAGGCAUUUAAAGACAGUUUUAUUCUUUUUUUAAAAAAUGCCUGGCUUUAUCCUUCUGACACUGUAGUUAGUGGAAAAUAAAUUCAUGCCAUAAAUUUAUUAUAUUUACACACUGAGCUUAGGAGCUAGCUAGCUUUAAAAAAAAAAAAAAAGUCCCCACGUGAGUAGCGAGCUGUCGAGCCCAGGACAGGGCAAACAUGCCUGGUAACACUAUGAAGCCAUAUCAUGUCCUUGUGAACACAAUUUGAAUUAAAGGCUUUCUUGUUACCUUGACGACCCUUGCUACAUCUCCAACUUCCGGUGUAGUGCACUCAUCCAUAUAUUAUGGUAUAUAUUCUGUUUGUGUUCAUGCCAGCGUGAAUAGGAAGCCUUCUAGUAGUAAGUCUUCUCCUUAAAGCCAUGAUGCACAAAAUCAGCAAAACCAGAGUCCAGACCCUAUGAACUCCUUCUGCACCGUUUCUCAUCUCAUCUCCUUGCUUGAGCUCUAGAAGACCCAGUUCUGAACUAUGAGUAUACUAUGAAGAGCAGGCUGUUUUCCUGACCUGUCUAUGGUCAUGCUCAGGCUCCGCUCCAUGCGCUGUGACUUUCACAGACUGUUUCAUCAUGGCACUGUGUGUCAAGACCAUGUCCUGGGGCAGCUCCGGGCCUGCACAGCUGAGGACCAGCUCUUUGAUGUGGUGAGCAAGAACAAGGCGAAACUCACUGUCAGUCAUGUAGGCUUUGCCGUGGGUCUGCUGUGGCAGUUUCAGAGGGAGAGACCAGAAAUGCUGCGGACGGUCAAACUGAUCCGGGCUCAUCCACAGUUCCUUACACUUCGAGUUCUGGCUGAGAACAAGAUCAGCCUGAUGGAUGAUGCGACGGUGGUGGACAUACUUUAUGGUGGCCUCAGACUUCAGAUCGAACCACAUGACUCUCUCAUCCAGCAGCUGGUGAUUGAAGCCUGGAACAGAUUAGAAAGAUUCCCCAUGACGACUCUGUCAAAGUUAUCUAUUUGUUUGAAUGACCUGGGACUGCACCACAGUCCAUUGAUGGGUCACAUUACUGAGAUUGUGAAUCAGAGACUGGAUUCGAUAGAAGAUGCCAGAGUGUUGACCACGCUCAUGAUCAGUAUUUCUUCACUGAUAUCUGCCCACUUACGUGACGCGCUGAUUGAUAAAGCUGCAGUUUUAUUAGACAGCAUGGACACGUUCCAUUACAAUAAUCCCAGGAGGGUAGUACAAUUCCUCCGACAUACCAAGUGCAUCCAUCGGCCCUUAUUGGAAAAGUGCAGCCGCAUUCUCCGUAAAAAUAUCCCUAAUUUGGAUGUGGAGAACCUUAGUAUUAUAGUGACACUGUAUCAGUCACUGCCGUUCAGCACCUGGGACUUCAGACAGGCUGCCAUGCUGAGGCUGGUGGAACUGAUGGACUCGUGCACUGACCCGGAAUCUUUCACAAAGCUCUUUAUUGCUUUGGGACCCCUGGCAGGACCAGCGACCAGAGAAAGGUUGGAACGUACAGCGCUGCAGUUGGCUGAUCAGCUGAACUCUCACCAAGCUCUCGUGAUAGCGGAAACACUGGAGGAGAGACCGAGCCGGAACUUUCAACUUAUUAAUAAGAUUGCAUCUGUACUGCACAGGAACCUGGAGGUCUAUAGGCCAGUGGAGAUUGCAAAGAUCAUCCAGGCGCUUAUUCUGCUGCACUGUCAGAGUCCUGAGCUCUUCUCCAGACUGAGGAGCAUAGUGCUCCAUUAUCUGCAGACCUGUGUGCACAUAUACGAGGUCAUCAUGCUGACCCGUGUGCUCGCCAUGCUGCCCUCUGCACGUAUCGAGGAGUCAGUCUUCUCCCGCAUUGAUGCCAUGUUGCCUCAGUGCAGCCUGGUAGGACUAAGUUCAGUCACAACGGCCGUUGCCAAAUGGAUGCGAAAUGACCCCUCCUACAGACAGAGCACUCACAGCAAGUACGUGCGUCUGCUGCAGAACCUAAACCGCUGUGCACAUGAGCGAGUCCACGCGGCCAACAGACUGGACGUGCUCAUAGAGGAGCUUAAAUUCAUUUCAGGGGAAUGGUUUGAGGAGAUGCUGCUUGAGGAGACAAUUGUGGUACUUCAGAGAUUGGCAGGUCAGCUCACCUGGAUCAACAUGCUAGACCUGGUCCUCUUUUUGACCAGAACCACCUACCGCUCCAUUCCAUUACUGGACCGAAUUGCCGACGUAGCCUUAGAGAACACAAAUAAGAUUCAUUACUCUGCAGUUUAUCUCACUUUGCUCCCGUUUGCUGUGCUUAACUACGACUCUCCGAAGGUGGACGAGUUAUUUGAUGCUUACAUUCAACAUUUCACACCAAAAAUUAGUUCGUUUGACCCUCAUAUGUUGGUUCUGUUGGCUUAUGUCUUGGCUCUGACUAACCGUUUCCCAGAGCCACUGAUCAGAGAAAUAUUCAGAGUGGAUUUCCUGGCCAAGCUGGACGCACAGCUCGAGACACUCUCCAGUGCUCAGAACCUGCGAGUGCGUUCGCGCCUGAUGCAGCUGAACCGUGCCGUGUGUCUCGAGUGCCCGGAAUUCCAGGUGCCCUGGUUCCACGAGCGCUACUGCAUGCAGCUUCAUAGGAGAGACCACAGCUCGGUACAUCUAGCCCAGCAGGAGAUCCACAGGAUGCUGGGAGAAGUGCUUGGAGGCAUUAACUGUGUCAAACUUGCAGCGUUGACUCCGUACUUCUACACUGUUGACUACGAGUGCGUCCUGGAUCGCAAUCGGCAGGCGGUGCCUUACAGUAAACUGAGCGAAUUGCAGAUCAAUGAAGAAGGCAAGGUGCACUGGGACUCGGGGUCAGAGAAUGAGAGGACAGAGCUACCUCCAGGUGCUAAGCGCAUUGCUCUAGACUUCCUGAAUUCCAAGUCCUUCUGCAAAAACUCCCAGCACAUUAAAGGAGACGUCCAGAUGAGAAAGAGACAUCUGGAGAUUUUAGGAUAUCACGUUCUGCAGAUUCCUCACUUUGAAUGGAAUUCUAUGGAGCUCUCAACACCUGAUGCCUGGAAGGAAUAUUUGCGAAAGAAGUUAUUCACAGAAGUGACCUGAGUCACUGAAACUAUCUGAAUGUUUUAUGAUGAUACCAAAAAUGCACUCUUCUCUGGAUAUACCAUGCUGGUAUGUUUAUCUGGGGGAGUGUGGCUAUUGAUGGGCUGCAUACAGUGUGCAAACGAUGAAUUCUUCUCCUUAUAUAAACUAUAACAAUAAAGAGAAAUACCACACUGCCA